ACAAAGAGUCUUCAGUUUGGUGUACUUCCUUGUGCGUUUGUCAACAACUGUGUGUACAUAUCUCUUUCCACACGCCUCUCAGUAAGAGCGUUGAAUGCGUUAUGGAUGCGUUGGAUAGGGAGUUUGAUCAUUGGCUUGGCAAAUCACCCUCUAAUGAGGACAUCAUAGAAGUAUUGGAAGUUUUGGAGAAGAAAAAAGAAGAAACAUUCAAGCAGCUAGAGGGAAUACGUGACCAUGAAAAAGAUGAAGUGGCGGCCUUACAAGCUAGGUUAAAGCUCCUUCGUGGAGUGGAAAAAGAAAAAAAGACAACUGAUUCCAGCGCAGGUUCCACGCCUAUACAACAAUCAGCUCGCAAUCUCAGUCUCGCUCGUAGUAGUGUUGUCAGCAACAAUCCAUAUGUGGAGAAAGACGAAAACGGUGUAUUAAGAAGAAAUACAUCCAAUCUAUUUCCGGAAAUUGUCAAAGCUGUGUUUGACUUUGUCAGAAAAGAACAACGGGAACAAACUGAAAAGAUCGCAGCCCUUCUACAUGUUGAUGAACAAGAAAAGGGUAACAUCCUCAACCUUCAACGAACACUUGGAUACGAUAUCGAAAAGGCGUUACUUCAGAGAUUUUUCGACGAAGUUUGGCCGGAAAAGAUAUGCAAACCUUACUCUGCCAAAUUGCCCUUACUAGACCAAUCGAUGGUUGACAAAGAUGGAAAACAUGACCAACUGAGAAAUUUCGUAGACGCGUGUAUUAAGCUUGUAUGGCUGAUGCUGAUGGAAACACCUCCCUUGGUAUUCUGUUGGGAAAUUUCAAAAUCUCAUUAUCGAUAUCCUGCAGGUGUACGUGGAGAGUUCCAUAUCAAUGAUCGAGUUAUCGAUCCUGCUAUUACUAUGAUCAAACACGAAAACGGUAAAAUGGAAAUGAAAAAUGUGAUCAAAGGUCUUCUUCAGGAUGAACCUAGAGAGCAGACACCCAUUACAAAAGCAAUAAUUAACAAGUAAUCAAAAAUAAUACUAUAUGUACCAUGAUCAGCUUGUACAGUCAGGUAUCACUUCUUUAUCGAUCGCCGAAAUCUGCAGCUGUUGCUUUUCGCCGAUAAAACAGUUUGCGAAUUUGUCAUGAGAGUGCAUUCGCGUUGUUUUAAUGAUUUGAAACAUCAGUAUAUAAGGUUUUAGCAAACAAAAGCCGUCUGCGGGUGUUGGUCUUUAGUCCGAUGGCAACCGAUAGGAUCGCGAGUUCAAUGGAAGCUGAACUUGUUACAAGUUUGUCUGAUACAGAUGAAGUUAAGUACAUUUUACAUGUAAAUGAAACAUGUUUUUAACAUUUUAAAUGUAAUUCUAUAACAAUAUUUACUCGGGUUAAACGAAGUUCAGGACAUAGCCUAACAGACAAAUUUUCUAGGGACAUUUUAAAUAAACGCUAGUAAAUUAGACGGCUCAAAGUAAACACUACCCGCACUAGGAAGCCUUCAAUUUGCUCUGUCAAAAUAAUCAUACAAGAAAUGGACAUCGAAAUUUUGAAGGAUGCUAAUUUAAAAAAAGCAGUUGCAGUUUGAAGCGCAAUGUAAUUGCAGUUGAAACGCGAGGGUUCGGAUGAAAUCGAUUAUACAGACACGAUAUAUGCAGAUACAAUACAGAAACUGUACUUUAUCUUCCUUUUUUUUUUUUUGAGUGUAAUGUCCCAACUACAAUUAUGGUAAUUUAACAUACAGAAACUAUACAGCAGUGUUUCAUGCAAAGAAUGUUGUCUAAAACAAAAAAUGGUUUGACAUAUAGUGGUUCUUCAACGAGUGAUGGUGAGUGACGAGUAAUCAACUACCACGAGUCAUACGUGUAAAACACUGACAUGACAGCUUCAAAUGAUGGUAUACAUUGAAACCUGAAUUGACUUUCGUAUUGCUGUGAUAUAAAAACUUAUUGAAAUAUCAAUUAGGGCAGGUGCAUGCUUUAUGACAUCAUAAUUAUGUUGAUUCCAACGGUGUCGAACUAAUCCCCAUACUUCCUCCGAAUUUUUACCAAGAGCGGGCACGUUCCGGUCGACCAAUCAUCCGACAGCAAUAAUGGUACAAGUACACAUUUAUUUCAACAAAUGUCAUACCGUCCAGGCGCCGAACGUGCCCCGUUCUCACACACACUAGCAUAUUGACGUUCUCAUUGGUGUAACAAUUAAAUUCAAGUUCUUCGACUUUUUUUUGCAAUGAAAUAUUCUGUAUAAUAAAACAAUUAUUGCCGAAAUGUGA